AAAUUCAGUGGUAGUGAACGAAACAAUGGCAGUAGUAGUAGAAGAAAGCAUGUUCCCCACAAUUGACAACAUGAUAGUUGACUGCAGAAAUAAAGGAUUCUGUGAAUUCAAUAUAGAGGAAAUUGCAAGACAUAUAAUGAAUUUAUAUUUUUUAU